UUCCUGUGUUUUAUUGCAGAUUUUGUUACUGCUUAGACUGUAUCAAUGGAGCAUAUUCAGGGAGCUUGGAAGACCAUCAGUAAUGGUUUUGGAUUCAAGGAUUCUGUCUUUGAUGGAUCGAACUGUAUUUCGCCCACUAUUGUUCAGCAGUUUGGUUAUCAGCGCCGGGCAUCUGAUGAUGGCAAACUCUCAGACACCUCCAAGACUAGCAGUACUAUUCGGGUUUUUUUGCCUAACAAGCAACGCACGGUGGUGAAUGUGCGAAAUGGAACGACUCUCCAUGAUUGUCUUAUGAAGGCCCUCAAAGUGAGAGGCUUGCAGUCAGAAUGCUGUGCAGUCUUUCGGCUUUUUAAUGAACAAAAAGGUAAAAAAGCACGUUUGGAUUGGAGUACAGAUGCUGCCAGUUUGAUUGGAGAGGAACUGCAAGUCGAUUUCCUUGAUCAUGUUCCACUCACAACACAUAACUUUGCUCGGAAAACCUUUCUAAAACUUGCUUUCUGUGACAUCUGCCAGAAGUUCUUGCUAAAUGGGUUCCGGUGUCAGACGUGUGGCUACAAAUUCCAUGAGCAUUGCAGCACGAAAGUUCCAACCAUGUGUGUGGACUGGAGCAAUAUCAGGCAACUCCUGUUGUUCCCAAAUUCAAAUGUCAGUGACAGUGGUGUCCCUACAUUACCUUCAUUGACAAUGCGGCGGAUGCGGGAGUCUGUUUCCCGAUUACCUGUUAGUUCUCAGCACAGAUAUUCUACACCUCAUGCCUUCACAUUCAACGCAUCAAAUCCUUCGUCUGAGGGCUCCCUUUCCCAAAGGCAGAGAUCUACGUCCACCCCAAAUGUUCACAUGGUCAGCACUACUGUGCCGGUAGACAGCAGGAUAAUUGAGGAUGCAGUUCGGAAUCACAGCGAAUCAGCAUCACCCUCAGCUCUGACAGGGAGCCCCAACAAUACGAGUCCAACUGGGUGGUCUCAGCCCAAAACUCCAGUCCCAGUCCAAAGAGAGAGAGCAGCUGGAUCCAAUACACAAGAAAAAAACAAAAUUAGGUCUCGUGAACAAAGAGAUUCAAGUUAUUAUUGGGAAAUAGAAGCAAGUGAAGUUAUGCUUUCUACCAGAAUAGGGUCGGGUUCUUUUGGGACUGUUUACAAAGGCAAAUGGCAUGGGGAUGUAGCAGUGAAGAUAUUAAAGGUUGUAGAUCCAACCCCAGAACAGUUUCAGGCCUUCAGAAAUGAAGUGGCUGUAUUAAGGAAAACACGACAUGUAAAUAUUUUGUUAUUCAUGGGCUAUAUGACGAAAGAUAAUCUGGCUAUUGUUACUCAGUGGUGUGAAGGAAGCAGUCUGUAUAAACAUAUUCAUGUUCAAGAGACCAAAUUCGAAAUGUUCCAGCGUAUUGAAAUUGCCCGACAGACGGCACAAGGAAUGGACUAUUUACAUGCAAAGAAUAUCAUCCACAGAGACAUGAAAUCAAAUAACAUAUUUCUUCAUGAGGACCGUACAGUUAAAAUAGGAGAUUUUGGUCUGGCAACAGUAAAAUCCAGAUGGAGUGGAUCACAGCAGGUUGAGCAGCCUACAGGUUCAAUCUUGUGGAUGGCACCAGAAGUGAUCCGGAUGCAGGAUAGUAACCCAUUUAGCUUUCAAUCAGAUGUUUACUCCUACGGAAUAGUGUUAUACGAACUAAUGACAGGGGAGCUGCCAUACUCUCACAUUAACGACCGAGAUCAGAUCAUUUUUAUGGUUGGUCGAGGUUACGCAUCUCCAGACCUCAGUAAACUGUACAAGAGCUGUCCCAAAGCUAUGAAGAGGCUUGUAGCAGACUGUGUCAAGAAAGUUAGGGAAGAAAGACCUCUGUUUCCACAGAUUCUGUCUUCCAUUGAAUUGCUGCAGCAUUCUUUACCUAAAAUUAACCGAAGUGCUUCUGAACCUUCUCUGCAUCGCGCAGCCCACGCAGAGGACAUCAAUUCAUGCACGUUAACAUCCACACGACUACCUGUGUUUUAGGAUUUGCACGCUACUGCCCUUGCUCUCCCCAAUAAUGAGAAAGUUGUAGCAGUUGUGCUUUUUAAUGCCUCAGUGUACAGGAUCACAGUGCAAGUGGGAUUCUCUACAUCCCAGGUUUUAGAACCAGCUGCUUAAGGAUUGCUCCGGUUCUAGUCCUGCAGGGACAUGGCUCCAUGUUGCCUUUUUCUACAGUGUCUUUUACUGGGAUAGAGUUAACUGAGACUAUAAUCAAGAAAAUCUAUUACUAUUUUUUUUAAUAGAUGCACUUGAGCCUUACUUUCCCACAAGUGGAAGAGGGACAUUUCUGUGGAAGUGUUCCUGUCUUGAUUUGAUUCUGUUGAAUAAAUUGGUAUUUUAUAGCAAGGAUAGCUCACCAUUUGAGGAAUAAUGCUGAUUUGAUGCUGUUCUUUGAGUGUCCCAAGCCAUGUGCUACUUCACAGUGAGUGAAUUUUGACUAAAAUGGGCAUCUAUAAACUGGCCUGAGGGAAGCAAACAAAGAAAAGCCUGGAAUUGAUUCCUGUGAAUAACAUUUCAUCAAGCAGAUGAAAUCGAUCAAAACUAAAUGCCAAGGCUGGGCAUCUGAUUUUACACGUUGAAGAAAAAAACUCCUGCAGUGGGAUGGAAUGCAUUAUGAACAGUGCUGCUCAGAGAAGGAAGCUAGCACAAUCUCGCUAUGGUCAUCUUUAGUAACUUAAGCAGCUUAUAUUGGUACUUUGGACUUGCUUCUUGCAGCCCAAUGAGGUAUCAAGUGCAGAAUGACAGACUUCUGCUGAAGAGAAGUGGUUAAGUAACAAAUCAGUGUAUUUCUGCAAAACAAGCAUGGUCUUCAACCCACCUGAAGCUGUCUUCCGAGAGAUGCACUAAAGGGCAGAAACUGAGUAUAUACAGUUUUUCUUGCUGAUUUGGGUUUUAAUUGUUUUUAUUGCUCCACAAAAAUGCAUUUAUUGUAAGUCCAGGUUCCUCUGAUUAUCUUAUUUUAAUAAAAUAAAUUAAAUUUAAGCUUUUAA